AUGAAUAAUAGCAAAGAGAGUGCAGAAAUUCUUAUUUCAAAUGGAGCAGAUUUCAAUGCUAAAGACAACGAUGGAUGGACUCCUCUUUAUCAUGCAGCCAUGCAUAAUUGUAAAGAAAUGGCGGAAAUUCUUAUUUCAAAUGGUGCAGAUAUCAAUGCUAAAACGGAAUAUGGAUCCACCCCUCUUCAUAUAGCAGCCAGCGAUUAUAGCGAAGAAACGGCAGAAAUCCUUAUUUUAAAUGGUGCAGAAAUCAAUGCUAAAGAUGACAAUGGACAGACCCCCCUUCAUAUAGCAUCCAUGAAUAAUAUAGAAAAAACAGCAGAAAUUCUUAUUUCAAACGGAGCAGAUAUCAAUGCUAAAACUAUAAAUGGACAGACCCCUCUUCAUAUAGCAGCCUUGCAUAAUUGUAAAGAAAAAGCAGAAAUUCUUAUUUCAAAUGGAGCAGAUAUCAAUGCUAAAGCUUGCAAAGGAUAUACUCCUCUUCAUCUAGCAUCCAAGAAUAAUAGCAAAGAAACGGCAGAAAUUCUUAUUUCAAAUGGUGCAGAUAUCAAUGCUAAAGACGAUGUAAAGUGUACCCCUCUUCAUCUAGCAUCCAAAAAUAAUAGCAAAGAGACUGCAGAAAUUCUUAUUUCAAAUGGCGCAGAUAUCAAUGCUAAAGACAAAGAUGGAUAUACCCCUCUUCAUAUAGCAACAAAAAAUAAUAACAAAGAAAUUGCAGAAAUUCUUAUUUCAAACAAGACAAAAUAA